CCCCGCGUGCAUUGCUGAUCGGAGGGACGGAGCUCGGUCCUGUGUCCGCCCCGCUCCUUCCUGCCCGCACCAUGGAGUUCGCCCAGAGGAAGAGGAGCAGGAAAUCCCAAAGCUUUAAACUGGUCAACGAAGAUUACCAUCAUGAGAUAUAUAAGAUCUCUGACUACAGCAAUGAUGUUAAUGGGGAGACCAAAGAAACACAACCAGUUUUUUUAGGAGAUGAAAGCCGGGAAAUUAAAAAACAAAUUACAGGGAUGAGAAGAUUACUGAAUGACAGCACUGGAAGAAUCUAUCAACGAGUUGGCAAAGAAGGAGAAAAACUGAAGGAGGAGCCCCAAGAUUUAGACUUAGCCUGGGCCCAGCGCCUGAAUCCCCCUGCGGAGUCCCAGGCGAGCCUUCAUCCGUCCCAGAGCGGAGCAUGGAAUGAGUUAUCACCCCAGGCCAGCCAUUUUUCAGGGCAAUACGGGACUCGGUCCAAAACAUUCCAAAAUCAGGCUCGAACUGUGGCAUCCAAUGGAGAAAUUCCAAUGGUGAAUUCAUCAGUUGGACCAAACUGCUGUAUGUGUAAUUGCCAGUCAACCCUGCAGGCGAUUCUUCAAGAGCUCAAGACCAUGAGAAAAUUGAUGCAGCUGCAAGCAGUUGGGACUCAAAACAGACAGCAGCCUCCUGUUCCUUUGAUUUGUGCACAGAAGUCAACAAUAUCAAGAAAGAGAAAUAAAAAGAGAAAACUGCCCCUCAAAGUUGUUGAAGCAGUUUCCACAAAUAAGAAACCCAGCUCUCCAGAGAACGAGAAGAGACUGACAGCAAACACAGAACAACCAAGUCUGCAAGCAAUUGAACCCCCCCUGAAGCCAGAGACCCCUGUUUCAGGGUUUGGAAUUAUCCUUGAAUCAACUUCAUCAGAUCCAGAAGUGCAACUUGCAGAAGGCUUUGAUGUCUUCAUGCCAAAAUCACAGCUGGACUCUAUACUAUCAAACUACACUCGCUCAGGAAGUCUGCUCUUUAGGAAGCUGGUCUGUGCAUUUUUUGAUGACAAGACUUUGGCUAAUUCUUUACCAAAUGGCAAAAGGAAAAGAGGGCUCAAUGACAACCGGAAAGGACUAGACCAAAAUAUUGUGGGUGCAAUAAAAGUCUUUACAGAAAAGUACUGCACUGCUAACCAUGUGGAUAAACUUCCUGGUCCUAGGGACUGGGUCCAGAUUCUUCAGGAUCAAAUUAAACUUGCAAGAAGACGAUUAAAAAGAGGCUCAGCAGAGGCAACUGACUGUGAUGAGAAGCCGGACAUUUCUCUACUACAAACAGGUAAUCUUUUCGACACCACAGACCAUCUGAUAGAUGCAAACCCAGAUUUUUCAGUUUGAAUUUCACAUCCUGCAUCAGUGUUCUUAGCCGAUAGAAACAUCCUCUCCUUUGAGUAAUGUUCCUGCGAGCUCAGCACGAGAACUUCAGUGUACUACAAGACGUGGGCAUCCAUACAGUUUUUCUUACAAGUCUAUGUUUUUUCCAUGUAACCUCAAGUAAUGAAACCACCAGAUUGCUUCAUUGUUCUUCAUCUUAAUUAAGAUGAUUUCCCUCCACAUCCCAUGCAUUACUGAACUAGCGGAGUACCCACUCUGAGGUCAUUCUCUUGCCUGUGUUUCUCCUCCAUGAUUGUACUUGUCCACACGUUUGUAUGUUUGCCAGCAGUGUCUCAUCUUAAACCACAAAGAACUUGUGACUCUUAUUGCCCCCAGGGACCAGGGUGGCAUCUUUCUCCACCAUGAACCCUGGGGGCUCAAUGAGCAUCUGACUUGGUGAAGCUCUUUGCUUCUGCAGACCCACUUUUCCUUUCCUGGCUGCUGUGGUACCAAUGACCAGUCACACACAGCUCUGAUUAAAAAGUCCUUUCUGGGUUUAGGAGGGAAUAAAGCAGGAUUUCUCCCAGCAGUGCCCAGUUCCUAGUUAUAGCAAGGAGAAGCUAUUCCUCAAACAAUUUCUCCUACGUAGUCCUAGUGGGAUGGCUCUUGAGCAUCUUUGUAGUGCAGAUUGCUGGAGGUGGUCAUUUUCCCCUCACUGUUGCCCCCAGCUUGCUCAAUCACCUCAAAUGUAUUAAUUUUCUGUUUUCUAAAAAGAGGGUCUCCUCACUGUGAUUUUUUAGCCACUGUCCUUGACAACAAUACCAGUCACCUUUCAACUGGUACUAUAUUGAUAUCUCAGCAGUUAAGACAAGUGAAUUGAUCAAGAAAUUGCACUACCCUCUUAGACACUGAAAUGAUCAGGUCAGGGCUAAGGUAAAACUGUGUGCAGCCCUCCCUGCAAACCUUCAUUUCUGCACCUUUCAUCAGCACUAAAUUCACUUUAAAAAUGUCACAAAGAAAUCUGGAAGGUCUAUCCUGCAACACCUAUUGAUCACCAGGCAGUUUGAGCAUGUGUCCUGCAAUCGAGGGAGAGCUUGCUAGAGCCUUUGCCAUUGUGUUUCCAUUCCCAUGUGUAUCUUAUCUUAGGUACUUUUUUUAUUUUUUGGAAACUAUUUGGCCUUUGAGUGUCUCAACAGAAGUGCUAUUACAGAGUGGGAUGGUUUUCAAAACGCUCAACCUCUUUUUUUAACAAUCCUAAUGCCUGUUUCUCAGGUGUCACAGAAUACCCACAAAUAAUACUGAAGCCAACAUGAACAGUUUGUUCUGUUGGCACCUGAGAAACCAGGCUCCCAGCUGUUCCCCGCCCACCUUCCAUGGACUUUUAGGAAUGACCAUGUUCUCUCUGAAACUGUGGAAUAGAUUGAAUGUGCACUGCAAACCUUAAAUUUUGAGUCUUUCCUUCCUUCAUGGCUUGGAGUUGCCUGCAUUGGGCAGGGGGCACCAGUCCGUUGUGUUGUAACCCUUCAGCAAUGAAAUCAGCGUUUUGUAAAUUUGGAAGAUUGCAUUUGUGUUUACUUACUGUGACUACUGUUCAGACUUUCUUCAGAAAUCUUUUUAUAGGGUUUAUUAGAGAGAAGAAAAAAAAUCAUUCCAUAUUUAGGUAAAAAUGUCUCAAUCUUCUGUAUAUAUGUUUUAUUAAUAUGUAAAUAUUUAGAUAUUUUUAAAUUACUAUGUUCUUAAUAAAGCGACAAGGGACUAGUUGUGAAAUGGUGUAUAACAUUGUGUCGUGUUACCGAUCUCUGGGAAAUCCUCUUUGUCAGUUCAGAAAAGAAAACCUACAAUAAAUAACUUUAAUUGCA